GUACAGAACGUAACCUUGAAAAGCCCACCCUCGAAGCGCAAGAUCAAACGCAGCGUGUGAUUCAACGCUUUUAUUCGGCGUACACGGAUGAAAGUGUCAUAGCUGCUACACCCGAUCUAGCAGAUCGCGAUCAUCGAUAAGAUGUCGACGUAAGAGAUUGAAAAAAAGUCUGGAGAAGUGACGUACGAGUAGCCGAUGUGGUGGUAAGGUGCGAGUUUAUAGGUUAGGGGAGAACACGGAAGUUUUCGUCGAAAAGCACCACAAAGAUGUCUUUAAAGAAUUAGGCGGUUAACGCCGCUAAUUACAACGCGAUAAGUACUCCGUUUGAGUCAGCAUGGUGCAACGUCCAGUCGCGCCUAGGCGCAGUGUCAGGAUUUUGUUGAUCGGUGAUCGCGGAGUAGGCAAGACAUCCUUAAUUCUAUCGUUGGUCAGCGAAGAAUACGCAGAAGAUGUGCCCUGCAAAGCCGAGGAAAUCACUAUACCGGCGGACGUUACCCCCGAGCAAGUGCCCACGCACAUUGUUGAUUACUCAGCUGCCGAACAAACUGAGGAUCAACUGACUGAUGAAAUUCAAAAAGCACAUGUAAUUUGUGUUGUUUAUUCUGUAGUUGAUGAGGAUACGUUAGACAGAGCAGCCACUUAUUGGUUACCUCUGAUCAGGCGUUGUUCUUCUAAUAAUCGUUGCCCAAUUGUUCUCGUGGGAAACAAGAUUGAUCUUGUCGAUUACUCUACUAUUGAGGCUGUAUAUCCUAUAAUGAAAGAAUUCACUGAAAUUGAGAGUUGUAUCGAGUGCUCUGCCAAAACAUUACAAAAUGUAUCAGAAACAUUUUAUUAUGCACAAAAAGCUGUUUUGCACCCUACUACGCCAUUGUACAAUUAUGAUAUUCAAGAGCUUACAGAUGAAUGUAAAAUUGCAUUACAAAGAAUUUUUAAAAUAUGUGACUUGGACAACGACGGUUUGCUAAAUGACAUGGAACUAAAUGCAUUUCAACAGUGGUGCUUUAACACUCCAUUGCAGCCACAGGUUUUGGAGGAUGUAAAAGCUGUUUUGUCAAAAAAUAUUCAAGACGGCGUUUGCAAUGGAUGUGUUACAAUGAAAGGUUUUAUGUAUCUCCAGUGUUUGUUCAUACAACGAGGAAGGAAUGAAACUACUUGGACUGUGUUGAGAAAAUUUGGUUAUGACAAUGAAUUACAAAUGUCUAAGGAAUAUAUAAAUCCUCCACUGAAGGUUCCUGCUGGCUGCUCGACUGAAUUAUCCCAUAAGGGCCAAGAAUUUUUAACACUGUUAUUUAUGCAACAUGAUCGUGAUCGGGAUGGUGCUCUUUCACCCCCAGAAAUGGAAUCGCUAUUUUCACGGUGCUUGUCUCCACCUUGGAGCGAUGAAUAUAAAUAUACUGUACCAACUAAUGAAAAGGGGUGGAUGACGUUUCAGGGUUACAUGUGUCAAUGGGCACUGUUAACUCUUACUAAUGUACGCAAAGCAUUAGAAUAUAUGGCAUAUCUUGGUUACAACAUGUAUAAUAAUGAGUGUCAAACGAACGCAGUUCUGAUUACUCGUGAAAAGAAAUUGGACUUGGCGAAGAAGCAAUCAAGCAGAAAUGUUUAUAGCUGUCAUGUAAUUGGUCCAAAAUGUAGUGGGAAAACAACACUAUGCAGAACGUUUAUUGAUCCCAAACUCGAGAAAUUAACUGAUGAAGUAGUCCCAUCAAAUUCACAUGUAACUGUAAACACAGUGCAUGUAUAUGGUCAAGAGAAGACAAUAAUUCUGCGGGACAUAAAUAUACUUAAUGUUCAAGAUGCUUUAACUCCAGCACAAAUUCAGUGUGACGCAGCAGCUCUCGUUUAUGAUGCUAGUAAUCCUAAGUCAUUUGAAUAUAUUGCACGAAUUUAUAUUAAAUAUUUUGCAGAUAGUAAGAUUCCGGUUCUCAUAGUAGCGAAUAAAAGCGAUCUUUCUGAAGUGAAGCAAGAUUACUUGCUACAACCAGCAAGUUUUUGCAAUAAGUACAAACUGAUGCCUCCGCAACCAUACAGCAUCUCCCGUACCGUAAGACGUGAAAUCUUCGUUAAACUGGCAACAAUGGCAGCCUUCCCCCGCUUUCAAGGAGCAUGGGUAUUAUUUUACAGAGACAGUCCUUUGAGGCGUAUGGUCCACAUGUUGCUUGUCAAACCCUCACCUACUCAAUGGUGGAGUUCAUUUACAAGACAUAUAAAUCAAUUUGGACUGAUGCAAGGAGAUUCUAUCGUUUGGUGGAAGGCUGGUCUUGGUAUUGCAGUCGCUACUGUCGCAGGCUUCGUGGUGAUGCGCGUCUUAAACACAGAGAAAAGAUAGUCUACCAUAUUCCUUUUCUUGCACAUUUAACUGCCUCGUUUGACCGAGUAUAAAACCGUCUUUGAAAAACGCGUUAAGUUAAUAAACUCUGUUCUUAAAUCAUUAAUUUCUUGUGUCCUUGAUCACUUCACAACAAGAGAAAAAUUAAUAUACUUGUGUACCCUAUACAUAUUUUAAAGUACUUAUAAAAUAUUUUAAAGUAUUGGCUAAAUUUCACUUACGCGUAUUUCAAAAUUUUAGUCACUUGUAGAAGAAAGCUUUACAAAUGUCCAAACCUUCAUUUGUUGAGAUAUAUUGGGUUAUUAAUGAUAGGUUCAAGAUUAGAUCGAAUUUCUUCUAACAUUAUUUGAUAUCAAAAGGUCAUAGAAUUUUUGAUUGGUUUUUAAAUCAUCUAUAAUUACAGAUGAAAUCGCAACAGCCAUUGCAAAAUGUAAUUGUACCCGACUUUUUUUUAAUAUAAUAAGUGUUUAUGUUUAUUAAUUUGGAUAUUCUUAUCGAUAUGUAGCAGUUUCCUAUUUCAAUUUAGAACUAAUAUCUGAAAGAAUGUCGAUAUUAAUAGAAGCUAUUAGUCAUUACAUUAUAUUGGUCAUAUGAACACGGUAUACCUAUAUUUGCAGUUGUUUAGAAUCUGCUUAAAUCUUUCACAAUUAUGUAUGUAUAUUUCAAUUUGAGUGCAAUGUGAAGUUGUUCUUGUACAUACAAGGUCCAUUAUUAGAACCAACUCAGUGACAUUCGGUGGAAAUCAAUGAAUCAUUAACAAGAGAUCCACAUGAUAUGUAGUCCACCAAUGUCAAUAUAGCUUCUUAGAUAGAUACAGAACCCACAAAUAUUUCAUCAUUAUCUCAUAUACUCAAUAGUUAAUAAAAUAUUAAGCAAUGAAUAUCAUUAAUUCGCUCGCUUGCAUCACAUGUAUUCAAAAGUUCACUUUUCUCAAGCAACAUCUCGUUUAAAUUUAUAUAGAAAAUCAUAUUAUGCUGUUAUUUCUUUAGCUUUGAACUACUUAAUUUGUCUUUUCAAUCAUUUGGAAGUAAACUGCUGAAAUAUUCAAAAAUUGUUCUCUAUAUAGAUAAAGAAUAAAAUGAAUUGUUAAUACUAUGAAUGAGAUUAGGAUGAUUAGGAUAAGAGAUUAAACGCUCUAUCACUAGAAGAAAAAAAAUCAUUCAGAUUUUUUGCAUGGUUACAUAAUUACAAUCUCAGGGUUACAAUAAUACCAUGCUUCAAAAGGACACGUGGAGAGAGGGUUGAAUCAUAAAUAAAUUACACAAGGGUACAGUUAAAUCAAUUUGUAAAUAAAUUGUCUAAACAUAAUUUUAUUCCUAUGCUGCUUCCAAUUAGAUACAUAUAUCAUCAUAGUAAUAUUUGCAUGUAAUAGAUAUAGUAAUAAAUGAUAAAAGUGGAUAUUUCUCUUUUAAUACAAUAGGAUCAUGUGUUUUUUUUUUUUUUUUUUGUAUGUCGCCUAUCAGAUUAAAAUUU